UGUAAAACUUUCAAUAUUGGAAAUUGGAGAUUGAAAACUGUAGCAAGCGGUUUGUGAUCAUUGCUAUCAACUAUUUCAAGAAAAUUUAAAGGUUAAGUAUUACAUUUCUAAAGUACAAUGGACAAUCCUGCAUUUAUUUUAUUAAUCAAUGCACUUGAACAUGUUGAAGAAAUGUAGGUAGGUAUGAAGGUUUGUAGUUUGUUCAAUAACGAAUUAAAUAGCAAUCAACAACGUUUAUACCGGCGACAAUUGCGUGAUGCAAGUGAUCCACUAUCUUUACCCGAAACCACAUUCAAAAAUAUGUACAGGAUAUCUCGUCAAAUGGCUCAUGGUUUAAUAGUCGAUUUGGAUCCACACCUACAUGACACUCGACGAAACGUCCUAUAUAUUCCAAAAAACUUGAAGAUUCUAGCUGCACUGCAGUUCUAUGCCCAUGGCAGCUACCAAAAAGUAGUAGGUCAAGAUUAUGUAACGCCUAUGAGUCAACCUUCGAUCAGUAGAUGUAGGUAUCUAUGAAGUAAAUGUGGCAUUGGAAAAUUUCUAUCAUCUAAUUCAUUUUCCAUCAACACCUGAAGAAUGUGCUGUUGAAAAGCAGAGAUUUAUGUCCUUGCCCAAUGGAUUUCCGGGAAUUAUCGGUGCAAUAGAUUGCACCCAUGUAGCAAUCAUUGCACCUCCUCACGAAGACCCUCACUAUCCUGGAAUGGUUUUUCUAAACCGUAAAGGCUACUGCAGCAUCAAUGUACAAAUUAUUUGCAAUGCAAACUUAAGAAUCCUUGCAAUUAAUUCAAGAUUUCCCGGAUCUGUACAUGAUUCCGCAAUCUGGUCUACAAGUUUAAUAAGAAGACACCUUAUUGCCAUGCAUGAUGAAGGAAACCAAAACAGUUGGUUAAUUGGAGAUUCAGGUUACCCUCUGGAGCCCUGGCUAUUAACACCUGUUGCUGGAAUUAACUUAACUGAUCCCGAAAGACGUUAUAACAUGGGACACAAAAGUGUGCGAAAUGUUAUCGAGAGAUUAAAUGGCGUGUUAAAAGGUCGUUUUAGAUGUCUGGGACGUGCCAGAAUGCUACAUUACAGUCCACCGGUGGCUGCAAAAAUCAUUAAUAGCUGUGCUGUUUUGCACAAUUUGUGUGUCGAUAGAGGAGAAAUAGAUGUAGAAGAGGAAAUUGAUGAAAAUAUGGGAGAUGAUAUACCUUGUGAUAUACACAACGAAAACUAUGGUGACAACAAUGUUUUAAUUCGAGGAAGAAACAUCCGCAAUAGGGUUAUCAGAAAUCAUUUUAUGAAUUAACAUUAACAGUAAUCUGCUUAUCGCUCUUAGUAGUCCUUUAAGGGACAUAUAAAAUAUAUUGUAAUUAAUACUAAAUAACCUGUAGAUGUUCAGCACUUUACGUUGCAUUUGAAAAUCACCUGAAACAUAAUAUACAAUUAAUUAUUCAUAUUUACAAGUAUUAA